CGGGGGUCUCCGCCUUCUGCUCCCGGCUGAGGCGCGCCGCGGGAGCCGCGCUCGCAGUCCCGGGGGGGUGGUUCGAGCCGCAGCCGCGGAGGCCGGAGCCAUGGCGGAGCUGGAGCACCUGGGCGGGAAGCGGGCCGAGUCGGCGCGAAUGCGGCGGGCCGAGCAGCUUCGGCGCUGGCGGGGCUCGCUGACGGAGCAGGAGCCCGCGGAGCGGCGAGGCGCGGGGCGGCAGCCGCAGCCGCGUCGCGGGAGCCCCAGGGUCCGCUUCGAGGACGGAGCCGUCUUCCUGGCCGCCUGCUCCAGCGGGGACACCGACGAGGUGAAGAAGCUGCUGGCCCGGGGCGCCGACAUCAACACGGUCAACGUGGACGGCUUGACAGCCCUCCACCAGGCCUGUAUUGAUGAAAAUUUGGACAUGGUGAAGUUUCUGGUGGAGAACAGAGCCAAUGUAAACCAACAAGACAACGAGGGCUGGACACCCCUUCAUGCAGCAGCUUCCUGUGGCUAUCUCAACAUAGCAGAGUAUUUCAUUAACCAUGGAGCCAGUGUGGGUAUUGUGAAUAGUGAAGGUGAAGUCCCUUCUGACCUUGCAGAAGAGCCCGCCAUGAAGGAUCUUCUUCUGGAGCAAGUGAAGAAGCAAGGAGUUGAUCUAGAGCAGUCAAGAAAAGAAGAGGAGCAACAGAUGUUACAGGAUGCCCGCCAGUGGCUCAACAGUGGGAAAAUAGAGGAUGUAAGGCAGCCUCGCUCAGGGGCCACAGCCCUCCAUGUGGCUGCUGCCAAGGGCUACUCUGAGGUCCUCAGACUUUUAAUCCAGGCUGGCUAUGAACUCAAUGUUCAGGAUUACGAUGGCUGGACUCCCCUCCAUGCUGCUGCACACUGGGGAGUGAAGGAGGCUUGCUCCAUCCUGGCAGAAGCACUCUGUGACAUGGAUGUCAGGAACAAGCUGGGCCAGACACCAUUUGAUGUGGCUGAUGAAGGGCUUGUGGAGCACUUGGAGAUGCUCCAGAAGAAGCAGAAUGUGCUUCGAAGUGAAAAAGAGACACGGAAUAAGCUCAUUGAGUCAGACCUGAACAGCAAGUUACAGAGUGGACUCUUUAAGAACAAAGAGAAGAUGCUCUAUGAAGAAGAGAUACCCAAGUCCCAAGAAAUGGAGGAAGAAAGCAAAGAGUCCAGCAGCUCCAGCUCCGAGGAGGAGGAGGAGGGUGAAGAUGAAGCUUCUGAGUCAGAAGCUGAGAAGGAGGCAGAUAAAAAGCCAGAAGCCAUUGUCAACCAUUCCAACUCUGAAAGCAAGAGUAUUAUCACGGAACAGAUACCAACACCAGCUCAGAAUACCUUCUCUGCCUCUUCAGCUAGGAGAUUUUCCUCCAGCCUUUUUAACAAGCCGGAAGAACCCAAAGAUGAAUCUCCUUCUUCGUGGAGACUGGGACUCAGAAAAACUGGCAGCCACAACAUGUUGAGUGAGGUGGCCAAUCCCAGGGAAGCUCUAAGGGACCGAGGCUCUUCCAUCUACCGGUCGUCAUCAAGUCCUCGGAUUUCUGCUCUCCUGGACAACAAAGAUAAGGAGAGAGAAAACAAAAGCUAUUUUAGUUCACUAGCACCCCGGAGGCUCAGCAGCACAAGUGACGUUGAAGAAAAGGAGAACAGAGAAUCAGCUGUGAAUCUAGUGAGGAGUGGUUCGUAUACGCGGCAGCUGUGGAGGGAUGAAGCGAAGGGAAAUGAAACUCCACAGUCAGUUGCUCCUUCUACCUAUGUAUCAACCUACUUGAAAAGUGCCUCAUUUGGUAGAAGUAGUGACCCCACAAGUCCCUACAUUUCAGCCAAUCGCAAUUCAUCUCCUGCUACCUCACCCAUUACCAUUGGUUCAUCUACCUCUCGGGGCAGCAGGUGGCAACCUGCCUCUUCUUGCCCUACACCAAUCAGUGCAAACACUGCUGCAUCUGUACACCAUGGCAGGACUCCUUACAAAUCCCAGGCUGACUCAACAGUAGAGAAAACAGCAGACAAUGUCUCAUCUAGCACCCCGCUCUGUGUGAUCACUAAUCGCCCUCCACCUAACACUGCCAAUGGGGUUACAACUGCCACUCUGCUCUCCACUCCUGGAACAGACUCCUCUGUGGAAGCCAGGGACAGGAGGAGGUCGUAUCUGACUCCCGUACGGGAUGAGGAAGCAGAGUCUUUACGGAAAGCACGCUCCAGACAAGCUCGGCAGACUCGAAGGUCUACUCAAGGUGUGACGCUGACGGACCUUCAAGAAGCAGAAAGGACUUUCAGCCGGUCAAGAGCAGAACGGCAAGCUCAGGAGCAGCCUGGCCAGAAGCCCACAGGCACCGAAGGGCUUGAGGGCAGCUCGGAGAAGCAUGAGCCCCCAGCAGCCCCAGCAAAGGAAGCUGGUGAAGGCCGUCAGCCCUGGAGCGGGAGUCUGGACGAAGAGCCUGUCUAUCGUCGCCUGAGGUAUACAGCUCAGCCAGACAAACCCACAACACCAGUGUCUCCUUCUGCCUCAAGACCCUCUCUCUACACCAGUUCCCAUCUGCUACGGACAAGCAGAUCUUCAGUCCCUGACUCUGAGAGCACAGAGACCACCCCAAACACUGCAGUUGCAAAGGAAAUGGACAAAAAUGAGAGUGAAGAAGCAGAUGUGGAUGAUCAGUCCUCUAAUAGACUGUCCAUCCGUGAGAGGAGGCGGCCCAAGGAGCGACGACGAGGCACAGGCAUCAAUUUCUGGACAAAAGAUGAAGAUGAAACUGACGUCUCUGAAGAAGUAAAAGAAGCACUGCAUGAAAGACUUUCUAGGUUGGAAUCAGGAGGUAGUAACCCUACAAGCAGCGAUUCCUACGGGGACCGGGCCUCAGCAAGAGCCCGCCGGGAGGCCCGGGAGGCCCGCCUCGCCACUCUGACCAGCCGCGUGGAGGAGGACAGCAACCGGGAUUAUAAAAAACUCUACGAGAGUGCCCUGACCGAAAACCAAAAACUGAAAACAAAACUUCAAGAGGCCCAGCUAGAGCUAGCAGAUAUAAAGUCCAAGCUUGAGAAGAUGGCCCAGCAGAAACAAGAGAAGACCUCUGACCGGUCAUCAAUGCUGGAGAUGGAGAAGCGGGAGAGGCGAGCCUUGGAGCGGAAAAUGUCAGAAAUGGAAGAGGAGAUGAAGGUGUUAACAGAGCUGAAGUCCGACAACCAGAGGCUGAAAGAUGAAAACGGAGCCCUCAUCCGAGUCAUCAGCAAACUAUCCAAGUAGACCAGGCUCCCGAGAGGAGGCCCGGCAGCGCGGGCUGCUCUCCCCCGCGCUCCGGCCGCCGCCUUCCGGCCCCAAACGGUGAAUGUUCUGGUGGAAGGACUCCCGCGCCCCCCUGCAGCCGCCUCCCCCGCGCACGUUCCUUCUGUGCUCUCGGUGCCUGUUCCGCCCGUGCCCCCCGCCCCCCAGCUCCAGCGUGGUCGUCGGAGCCGGCUGGAGAGGGCCUUGGGGCCAACACCGGGCUCGGCCGUGGACCCCGGCUUCCUGUUGCUCAGCUCCUUGCCCACCUUGGGUUGGGCCUGAACCUGUAGGCCUCAGCCCACCCAGUAGCCCACAGCCUUUUCCGCGGACCCCGCGUCCCUGGACUAGGGGAGUCUUACGGUGGCCCCUCCAGGACCUGCCCGGGACGCCAAGAGAUCAGGAUGUUGGCAUAACCGCGGACCGGCCUCCGGAGCCGAGGUGACAGGGACUCCGCGGCUCUCAGGAGCCGACUUUGCUCCGGGGUUGCUGCUCUCUUUGUCGGCAGCCCAGCACCAUCCCCGCCGUGUCUCGGUUCCGUGUCCCCACCCCACCCCGGCCCCCUCCCCAGGCUCCGAUGACCUGGCUUCCUUCCUGCCUCGGUCCUUUCAUCGUCCUCGCCAUCACCCUCAGCCGCCGCCCCCCGCGGUGUUGGCCUAGGACGGAGCGUGUGACCCACUCGUCUGGCCACCGUGGAGCCUGUUCUCAGGCACCCGGGAGACCAGGCAAACUGCCUCGACGGCACCACCGGCCCUCGUGCUGCGAAGCCAGACCCCGGCAGCUGUCCGCCCCCGGUUCUCCUCGCCCACCCCUGGUCCCCAACCGCCCCCCUCGUGACCUUGUUCUCCCCUCUCCGCACCGGCACCUGCUCCUCCGGAGAAAGGAAGUCCUUGCGAGGAGGCCUGAGAGCUGGGCGGGAGGCUGGGUGGGAGGCCGACCCGGGCCACCAGCCCGUCGGGAGAGACAGAUGCUGUCAGCAGGUGUCUGGGGACUCUGGCGGCUGCAUCAGGGGACAGACCCCCGAGAUGGUGGAGGGACGAGCUGCUUCCAGCCCGCUGAUGGGGUCACAGCGUCUUAGAGCAGCGAGGCCCGGAGGUCGCUCGGGGGAGCUUCCCGUCGUCGGGUCGCAGGGACCCACACCUGCGGCGCGGCCACGGCUCUGCCCCACAGCCGGUGCUCCCGGUGGCUUCGUUCCUUGAAAUGUGGGCAGGUCUGAUAACCAGCAAGCUCCUCCCGGUACGAGCUGGGGUCUGCCCGCGGGGGCUCCGCUCGGCCCUUGGGUCACCUCCCCGUAACCUUCCUUUGGGCGGGUGCCUUCCGGGCCUUUAGGGCGCCCCUCGUGGCGUCCGCUCCUGCCGGUCCCACCUCGUCUGGCCUCCGCUGGACAGGAACAGCCAAGCCCAGGCGCGGCCAGCUCCUGCCUCGGCACAGGGCCAGGCGGCUGGCCGUGGGGGCGACCCCCUGCCGCCCCUUAACCUGUUGGUCCUUCAUCGGCGUCUCCGCCCGGUCGGUUUCUCUGUAGUGCAGCUCGGGAACUCCUUGGCUGGGAUAUUCAGCGCUUGCAGGGCCCGUUCUCCGAACACAUACUACCUCUGGCCAUUUUUAAUUUCUUUCCAGAAAACGUCAGUGUAGUUCUCCGCGGCCCGUCUGAAACAUCGCAUGCUCUUUAAACCAGAGGCUGUCAUUCAGGAUCCUAAUCCCAGAAUAGGAAAUGUGUCCCCGCUGGCAAGGCCCCGCACGGCAUUCUUCGUUCCCAAGCACUUCCCAGGGAAGCUACUACUGAUUGGGGUUUUGCGUGCGCAGGGGAACGCUGUGGGCUCCGUUCUCGGCAAAAGCUAAGUCAGGGUAAAACACUUCCUCACGGCCACGGCACACGUCCCCUGGUUUUGGGGGGCGGGGGGGAGACCAAUACAAGGUGUCGGCGAGGUGAUGGGCCCGGCGCACCCCGGGCACUGGGCAGGGCUUGGGCGUGGUUGCUGCGUCUUCCUCAGGGACGGAGAGCAUCUCGCCCUCUUCACCGGGCAGCCUGGGCCCGGCUUCCCGAGGGCCCCUCCUCUGCUGGUGCCUCCCUCGCAAGAGCGUGGGACGGGAUCUUGAAACUCUGAGGUUGGUGUUAGGCCCCGCUACUGCACGCAGCCCUUGCACAUCAAAGAUGCCUUUUCUUGCCAGAAAGUUCUCCUUGUGAUGAAACAUUUAGAAGCAUUUCGAUCUCAGGAAUAUUGGUUUCUAUGCCCAAGAAAUCGUGAAAGUGUAAACCAUCCUGGGUAAUUUCAGACGCUCUGUUAAGGAAUUGAUUUUAUUACACGGACACACUCAGCAUCCCGGUCCCUUCCCAGGGGGUCGGACGCCCUUUCUUCACAGCUGCCCCAGGACUGCAGGUUAGAGACCAGCAGGAGGCCUCCCUUCUCUUGGGCUGUCGGCCUCUUCGGUGGCCACAGGUGCCCCGUCCUCGGCCUACUGGUCUGGAUACCCGAGGGCACCCCAACCCCAGGGGCUCAAGCUGCGUGAAUACGGCGGGUCUGGCCAACGGCCGGUGCUCGGCUGCGCCGCGGCGCCGUCAGAGUCUUUACGGGAAGUGCCACGAUGGGGCAAGGAGGUUUCAGUACAACUUUCCAUCCUCUCUUCUCGUGAAUUUGAUGGUUUUCGAAACCAAGCCACACCUUUGGGAGCAGCGGUUCGGCCAUUCCAGAGACUCUGGCUGAAGUGUCCCCGCUUCGCUUCGCCUGUUUGUCUCCAGGGCUUGUUCUCCAGACGGCCCUGGGCCUUGAGGAGCGCUGCCCGGGCUGCGUCAGCUGCGACCGGCUCCCGCACGUCCUGGGGCGUCGCCUCUAAGGAGUCUGCGGCCCAGGCCUGCCCUGGGCCCCUCGGGGUGCUGAACCCCGUUGGGCGGUCUCGCUCGCUAGUCCCUGGGCCCUCCUGUCUUUUUCCAUCAGCCGCAGGCCGCGUUCGCUUCUCUUCUGGGCCUUGCCGUCCCCCACCCCAGGUUGGAGGCCGGGGUGCAUUUCUUGCUCUCCGAGGCCACUGAAGGGGGCCUCAUCUCUGGAUUGGAUCAUUUCACGUGCUUUCCCCCCCAAAACAAAACGUGCUUAUUUGACGGUUCUGCUCAGGAACACAAGGCUGAAGGCACCAGCCAGCCUGUGGAUCCCACAGGAUGUGGGUCAACCCGUUUUGCCAUCAAGGGCUUUUAAUGGAGUCAGAAGCAGCCCCGCCCUUGGUUUGGUCUUGGGAUUUCUGGCCAAGGAACCCGCCCGCAGCCAGCCGUUCGUUCACCCCGCCUCCCUCCUGGGGACACGGGCACCCCUCGGGGCGGCGAGGUGCGAGGUGUGAGGGGAGAGGCCGGAGUCGGUGCUUCAGCUUCCAGGCUGCUUUGCCCCCCAGAGCCCAGCCGAGGAUUCAGCAGCUGAGCCACCGGGAGGAGUCGUCCCGGGGCCUCCCCUGGGUGAGCCACCGGCCCCCCUGGGGCAAGCUGCGAGGUGGCGCCCCAGCCCCACACCUGCUGUGUGGUCGUCAGGCCCAGUCAUGGUGCGGGUCCCGGUCCCCACACUGGUGUUGGUGGGGAGGCAGCGCGGGGGGACAAGCCCCCCGGAGUCAGAACCAGCAGCCGGGUGCCGGGCAGCCCUGCGGGCCCCACAGUCCCCUUCCCGGUGUGCACAGCGCACUUGGACCCCAUAGCCCUUAGGGUCCCUUCUCAGCUUAAAAUUCCGGUGUUUAGUUACUCCUAGGACGAUUAGGACAUUUCACGAACUCCGAAUUCUUGCUCUUUCUAACGGCGGAAAACCUUGUUUUCUUCUGGAUUCUGUGACAUGGGCAGGGCCGGUUGCCGUCCCGGCCUUGCUGCAGAGCGGACCUGACGCCAGGGUGACUGACUGGCUGGCGGCCCGGUGGCUUUGCGGCCUGGGGGGGGGGGGGCGGCCCCUGCCUCUCUGGGGUCACCAGGGUCGCCUCCGUCCAACCCUCGGCGGCAGGCGGGCGGGUCCUCGGGGCAGCUGCGGCCUGGAGUCCUGCGCGGCUCCCCGGCUGCCCACCCGCAGCGCCCCCGGCCGCCCCGUCGAGCUCCCCUGGGUGCACAGCCGCCUGCACCCACCCGGCGGGAGCUCGGGGCCCUCGGAGGUGCCCGCAGCGGCCCCGCCACCUGCCACCUGCCACCUGCCAUAGGAGGCCCCGGGCGGGGCGGGGGCGCCUGUCAGGCCCCGGGUCUCCCCUCCCCCCUCCCCCUCCCCCCCCCCCCCCCCGCAGCCGAAGCGCCCGUGUGACUCCUGGGCCGACGUGUGGAUCCACUUGUUGUAAAUACACGGGGGGGGGGGGGGCAGGUCCGCUUGUGAACCGAAUGUAUUUUAUGUAUUUUAUGUAUUUUAUGUAUUUCGUGCGACUGAGUGGCCUUUCAACCGCCAGGCGCGAUCCGCCGCGAUGCCCCCGCGAUGCCCCCGGAUGCCCCCGCGCCGGCCGUAGUGUCCCUGCCCGCGUUCGCGAGUUGGAGUAAGGACGGUCACACCUGCGGCGCCUCCGGACACAACCGUGUUUAUAAACGAGCGAAUAAACCGUGUUUUGACUUUGUG